AUGACAAUCCAAAAGAAUCUUUUUAGAUUAAUUCUAAAAGAUUUGAAUGAAUCCUCUAUUGGACAAAUAUAUCCUGUAACUGUACCCAUGUUAAUUGAUAAUACUUGGUCUAAGUACUUUAAUGAAACUUAUCAAUUAUAUAAAGAAGCAAAACAUGGUAAUAGAAUAAAGAUGCUUGCUUAUUCUUACCAUUUAGGAUCAUUGGUAUUAGCUUGCCCACAUCAUAAAGAAAUUCAAGUUCAUCCAAAAACUAAAAUUAU